GGCUGGUCUUGAACCCCUAGGCUCAAGUGAUCCUCUUGCCUCAGCUAGUGCUGAGAUUACAGGGGUGAGCCAUCACACCCGGGCCAUUUCUUGUGGACCUCUAGGUCCUCCAUGUCUAGCUUGGUGCUGUGAACAUCGGAGAUGCUCUACACACACUUGUGCAGUGAAAGCCAGGGUACUGGAUAGUUCAAGCUGCUUCAUCUGUCUGACCUCAGUUUUCUUAUCUCUAAAAUGGACACAUCUCUAAAUGGCUGUUUUUAAAAUUGGACGAGAGAACAGAAGUGAAAAGCUCUGUAAACUGUAAAGUAUUUUGCAAAUAAAAGGUGUAAGUGCUCAGGUUUAAUGGCUUUUUCUGGGGGCCUUGAAUCAGCCAGGAGACAUCCCAAGGGCUGUGACCUGGUUGUGCCCACAAGGUCCCGCUGGAUCACAUUCCCCUGCCAGUUUCCUCAGUUUCCCUGCCUUGGGAGCUCUUGUAGGGCAUGCACUCAAGAGCUGAACCCUGGACCUUCCAGACUGUCCUAGCACCUUGCUACUCAAAAUGUGGUCCAUGGGUCGGCAGCAUCCACAUCACCUGGCAGCUUGUUUGAAAUGUAAAAUUCCUGAGCCCCAGCCCAGACUCACUGAGGUGAGGCUUAGCGAUCUGUCCUAACAAAUUCCCCAGGGGAUUCUGAUGCACCUAAGUUCAAGCACUGCAGCGUUAGAAUACCAAAACCCUCUUUUCUCUCCAAAAUAAACGUAGGAGGUGCUUUCUUCUAAACGCAGUCAAUGUUUCUUCUUUGUUCUGUAGGCUUGAAUGUUUCUGACUUUGGUUGCCAGAAUUAGCUUAUUGUUGGCCUAGGGAAGAGGAAGCACCACCCUACACGUUUAUACACCCACCACUCGUAAACCAUAGCCUGAUGACGCUCAGUGAAUUUCCAAGAUGACUGGUUGUGCUUUCGUCGGGGCUUCAUUUGCUGUUUGCGGGGAGCCUGGGGGCCUGUGCUUUUAUGAAUGGAUUUUAUCUUCCUGUGGGUGGAUUUUGUGUGGACUGUGGAGAACCUGAAGUAAAUUCAGAAAGAGGAACGGCCUUGGAUAGGUGCCUUGGGGACCAUUCGGGGACAUGAGCUUCUGUGGAUUUCCUCAUAUGUAAGCCUGGCAAAGCACUUGGCCCCACAGGGUCUUGCCCACCACCAGCGAUGCCCAGCCCUUGGUAGAACUUGAACCACCUUCUAUAAACAGGAUGGCGGUGGAGAGACAGGCCCAGUCCCUGAGCCCAUGAGGAGUGUGGCCCCUUCAGGCCCAAAGAUGGGGAACAUCACUGCAGACAACUCCUCCAUGAGCUGUACCAUCGACCACACCAUCCACCAGACGCUGGCCCCGGUGGUCUAUGUUACGGUGCUGGUGGUAGGCUUCCCGGCCAACUGCCUGUCCCUCUACUUCGGCUACCUGCAGAUCAAGGCCCGGAACGAGCUGGGCGUGUACCUGUGCAACCUGACGGUGGCCGACCUCUUCUACAUCUGCUCGCUGCCCUUCUGGCUGCAGUACGUGCUGCAGCACGACAACUGGUCUCACGGCGACCUGUCCUGUCAGGUGUGCGGCAUCCUCCUCUACGAGAACAUCUACAUCAGCGUGGGCUUCCUCUGCUGCAUCUCCGUGGACCGCUACCUGGCUGUGGCUCAUCCCUUCCGCUUCCACCAGUUCCGGACCCUGAAGGCGGCCGUGGGCGUCAGCGUGGUCAUCUGGGCCAAGGAGCUGCUGACCAGCAUCUACUUCCUGAUGCACGAGGAGGUCAUUGAGGACGAGGACCAGCACCGCGUGUGCUUUGAGCACUACCCCAUCCAGGCAUGGCAGCGCGCCAUCAACUACUACCGCUUCCUGGUGGGCUUCCUCUUCCCCAUCUGCCUGCUGCUGGCGUCCUACCAGGGCAUCCUGCGCGCCGUGCGCCGGAGCCACGGCACCCAGAAGAGCCGCAAGGACCAGAUCCAGCGGCUGGUGCUCAGCACCGUGGUCAUCUUCCUGGCCUGCUUCCUGCCCUACCACGUGCUGCUGCUGGUGCGCAGCAUCUGGGAGGCCAGCUGCGACUUCGCCAAGGGCGUCUUCAACGCCUACCACUUCUCCCUCCUGCUCACCAGCUUCAACUGCGUCGCCGACCCGGUGCUCUACUGCUUUGUCAGCGAGAACACCCACCGGGACCUGGCCCGCCUCCGUGGGGCCUGCCUGGCCUUCCUCACCUGCUCUAGGACCGGCCGGGCCCGGGAGGCCUACCCGCUGGGUGCCCCCGAGGCCUCCGGGAAAAGCGGGGCCCAGGGUGAGGAGCCCGAGCUGUUGACCAAGCUCCACCCGGCCUUCCAGACCCCUAACUCGCCAGGGGUGGUAGGGUCUGCCACGGGUGGGUUGGCCUAGCCUGGGUCCCCCGCGGGCGGGGCCACGUGAGGCCUGAGCCUUCAGCCCACGGGCCUCGGGGCCGGCCACCUCCUGCUUCCCCCAGCACCAGUGCCGCUUUCUGCGGAGGCAGCAAGGCCCCUGUGACUCCAGAAGUCUGUUCGUCCUUGCUGAGCCCGCUGGGACCGCCGAGGAUGGGAAUAAGCCCCCGUUGGCUAAUGGUGUCCUCUGCUGCGGCUGCGAUGUGGCCAGGCUGGGGCUGCUGGUGCGGGGAAGACAGUGAGCUGCGCUCCCUGGCCUGCUUCCCGCAGUUUGUGCAUGGGGAGUGUGAGGACUUGGGGGGUGGGAGGCUGGGCAUUCACCUGCCAGGGCCUUCCAAUGCCACCGUUGUCACAGACAACGCCUGUCCAGGUGUCCCGGUGGGAUCAGCGCUGGAACCCCGCCCACAACAGGGUGGGAAGGGAAAACUAGAGGGGGAAGGAAGGUAGGAGGGGGAAGGAAGGGAGGAGGGGGAAGGAAAGGAUGAGGGGGAGAAGAAAGGGAGGAGGGGAGAAGGAAGGGAGGGGAUGUUGGGUUGGGGGAGUGGGGGUAGUUAUAGGCAGAGAAGGACCCUGGCUUCAGCCACAGGAACUGGGAGAGCCACCUGCUGCUCCAGAAGACCUGCCCACCUCCACAGAAAUGCUAGCCCUUCAGACCUUCUGGUCAGUGGGCUGGGACCAGCUCUGACUGGGGAUGUCCUUCAAGGCCUGGGACUCCAGUUCCUCAGAACCAAGAGGCUACCUGGGCUUCCUCCAAGAAGGGACCAGUGGCUAGGAGCAGAAGUUGGCAUCAGUAAACAUUUCUGGAAUCUACCAAAGGGAGGCCCAGGUAGAACCCCUUCCUCAGUCUCCCUUCCCCUCUUCCCCCCAACUUUUAAGAGGUUGAUCCUUUGUGCUGUGUCUCUUAGCCCUUUCAUCGGGGAUGCCCAGAGGCAGACAGCCCAGGUUGGAGGUGCCCAGGGAAGGGUGCUCACAGUGGUCCCAGGGAUACACUUGGCUUCGACUGCACAGCCCCUGAUCAGAUCCUUGUGGAGGGUGUCCGAUGACUUGGGGAGGUUCUCUUCCCCUUCCUAGAGGAGGAAGUGACCAAGUUUGAAGGCAGCAGCAAUGACUACACAGCCAAGAAGAGCCCAUGCAACUCAGCCCAGGAUCUUACUGGGUCAGUGACACUGGUGGAAGCCUCCAUGCCUCCUCAUUCCACAGCACCUCCUCCUAUGUUGACCUUAAACACCGGCUCCCCACUGAUACAGACUGGGAUGAGCUGAGGGCACUCUCAUUUACUAUCAAGAGUUGUAUUUUUGUAUUGUCCUCUCUUUUUGCCAAGUCUACAUGUGUUGACUGUGCAAUGGAUUUAUGUAGCCAACUUCAGUCUGCAAAUAAAGCAAAGUAACUGGA